GAAAGUUUUGGUUUGAUGUUUGAACUGUUCGAAGAAGUCCUUGCCGAUGACCUUGAACAACAACAGGUUCUUUUAGGAGCCGAUGACGAAGCAGUUUUAUUCCUUUUGGCGGCCGGACAGCUCGUCCGAAAAGAACACGUUCGCACAAAGAAUUUUUACGAAAUAACCGUACCUAGUUACAUACCGGAGGACUUCCGAAGUCACUUCCGCAUGUCACGGCAUACAGUUACAGUUCUCGAACAUUUGCUUUCGGUCCACGGCGACUUACCUCAAUACACCGGCGAUAGAGGAAGACCACCGGUCGAGUUAAGAAAGCAAAUCCUUAUUACGCUGUGGAUUCUUGGGAAUCCAGAAUGUUUACGCUCUGUUGCCGAUCGAUUUGAUGUUUGCAGGGCAACUGCGUACAGAGUCUACAGACGAGUUUGCAAAGCAAUAGUGAGGAACUUAAUGGAUGAGUUUAUCAAGUUUCCAACUGGUCUAAAAGCCCAAGCGGUGAUGGAGGCCUUUGAAGAGAAAAAGGGUUUUCCGGGUGUUUUGGGGGCUAUUGAUGGCACCCACAUACCAAUCAAAGCACCACAUAACAAUCAUGAACAAUACAUAAAUCGCAAAGGUUUCUUUUCCGUCCAACUACAAGUCAUUUGUGACCCGGAUUUAUUCAUAACCGAUGUUUUCUGUGGUUACCCUGGUUCAGUACACGAUGCUCGCGUGUUUCGUAAUUCUCCGAUCUGCCGAGAAGUUGAAGUGAACCCAGACAAUUAUUUUCCUGGCAACUCCCACAUUUUGGGAGACGCAGCAUAUCCCUUGAAGAGGUGGCUGUUGACCCCAUUUCGAGACAACGGACGUUUGACUGCUCAACAAAGACGUUACAAUACUGCCCACAGUUCCACCAGAAUGGUGGUUGAGAGGUCCAUAGGGCUUUUUAAGAACAGGUUUAGGAAGCUAAAAACAAUGAUGGAUGUUGACAAAAUUGAGGACAUACCGGAAAUUAUUGUAUCCUCUUGCAUCUUACACAACAUUUGCAUUAUUGAAGAUGACAUCGAUGAUUUUUUAGAUGACUCUAAUGAUGAUGAUGACAAUGAUGACAAUGAUGAUGACAUCUUUCCACCAGGUGUAGGAGCAGUUGAUAAGAGAAACAUGAUAAUGAGACUGAUCCCAUAAACCUAGCAUUUAUAAGUGGUUUAUGUAUUGAUACCUUUUGUACUGUGGUGUUUUCAUGAACACUUCUUUCAUAGGUGGUGUAUGUCAUUCAUAAAGUUUAUAC